UCUACAGCAGCCACUUAUGAACGAUCGUAGCGUUGUGGCGCAUGUGUGUUUUUAGCCCAUUUAUAUAUGUUAUUUGUUUGUUUUAGAGGAUACUUCAGAAAUUGCGCGCUACACCUUUACCGCAGCUCAGGGGGACUUUUACUUUGUCGAGAUACAAACAAGCGUUUGCGGCAAGGGAAGUCUGCGCCAUCUAACAUAACAUCUGCAGCUCUGCUAAGCGUCUCUGAGCCUGUGAGCGUUUCUAACGUGUCAUAAAUACCGUAGCAACACAUUGAGAAAGAUUAGGGAGCGGGAUUGUAGUUCACUGGAUGCCGUUGUCUUGGUUUUAUUUUAAGGAACGCAAUGAGCGGUGAAAUGGAUGAAGAGAACAUCAUGAGGAUGACGAAGGAAGAGCUCCAGCGCUGGAUCCAAGCAGAGGUGGAGAGAAACCCUCAGCUGAUGCAGAGACACGAACAGCUGGCACAGGUGGAGGAAUGGGUCAAACAGAGGGAGGGCGAGGCCACCUACACCCGACUGAUGCACAGCAAUGCCUACGAAUCCGUCCUUGAGUGCGAGUCGGUGAUGAAAGGUCUUUAUGGGAUGCUGGGACUGCACUACCGAGAUGAGGACUCGGAGGAAGAAGGAGGAGUCAGAGAACCACGGGAUGUCAUUCAGAUCAUAGACGAUGAGGAAGAUGGAGAGAAAAAGAGUGCCUGUGAUAAUGAUAAUGACAUUGUUGUCGUUGAUCUGGGUGCUACCAAAGAAUCCUUGGAGCCGAUGCUUGAAAAGGUGACUGUGGCCAUGGAGAGAUCCUCCAGACUAGUGCAGGAUUUAGUGGAGAUGGUGACCAAAACAUCUUCCGGAAGAACUGAGUCAUCAUUAGACAUCUCCAUUAGACCUUCAUCGACCUUGACUCCCGAGACCAGCUCUUCUGGAUGUCCGACACCUGCUCAAUGCUCUUCCCCAAUGAAUCAACAACCAAGAACGGACAGCUCUUUUGCAAUAAUUAAAACGGAAUCUUUAUGGAUGGCAACGACUCCUUCCUUGCUUUCCAACAGUCCAAAACAACCUGAAACUAUCGGCACUCAUAAUACAGAGUUCACAUCAAGGAUCAAGACUGAACCUCCAUGUGAAACAUUUUCACUUCAGAACAACUGUAAAGAUCAUAAAACGACUUAUCCAUCCAUAGCAUCAAUCAAAACUGAACCUGAACUGAUGGAAGUGACUCCAGACAUUUUUUUUCGUUCGAGCAAUUCCAUGAACGCAAUUAAACCUGAACAUGAUUUCAUGCCGGUGAUUUCAAAAAUUUCUUCGCUUUCAAGUGACUUUGAAGCAAACAGAGCAACAGUUAAGACUGAACCUCAAUCUACUCCAGUGUCUUCUGAAAUUUCCCCUCCUGAAACAAUUGUGAAGCAUAAUUCAGAUUCCAUAUCAACGCUUAAGACUGAACCAUCAUUUACAAAAUUAAAAAGCGAACAACCUGAAAUGAUUCCCAGUCAUGGUCCAGAUCGCAUCAAAACCAAACCUCAAUUGACAGUAAUGUCUUCUGAAACGUCUUCACUAGCAAGCAAUUCAGAACAACCCGAAACUAUUCCAGAUUGUAAUUCCGCACCAGAUAAAACUUCUGAAAUGUCUUCGCCGAGCAAUUCCGAGCAAGACAACGCUAUUUCCCCUGACAAGUCGACAUCCACAGACAAGGCGGCAGCUGAACAGAGGCAGUCUUCUAAAUCCCCCGAGCCCUCAGAAAAACCCAAAACCAGGCUGAGAUCAUCAACUGCUUCUUCCAACACUCCCAGCUCACGGAAAGAAACGACUCGGCCAUCUUCACAUCUUGACGAAUCAGAUGACGCAGAGGAGCCAUACAGCCCUGCAAGCAGUGAUGACUCGUAUCACCCUCCCUCAAAAUCAUCCAAAAAUGAUGAAUCUGAUGACACAGAAGAUCCUGACAGCGCUGCACACAGUGAUGACUCGUAUCAACCUCCCUCAAAAUCAUCUAAAAAUAAAGCUAAGAAAAACACAAGCAAGGUGACCAGCCCAUCUUUAAGAAUCCCAAAACCUGUCGCUGCUCCCGCCGCUGCUCCCACCGCCGCGGCUCCACCUGCUCCCGCUCCCACCGCCGCGGCUCCACCUGCUCCCGCUGCCAAACCCUCAGAUGCAAAACAAAUUUCCACGGCCUCGUCCGGCAUCUUUCCAGAGUUACCUAAAGAGGUGGAACUACAGGUCGACACGGUUGUGUUGGCGAAGGUGAAAAGCAAGACGUGGUAUCGAGGAAAAGUGGUGGAAACCAAAACAGAAGAGAAUGGCCACAGGUAUAACAUAGAGUUUAAGAAUGAUAAGAAGUGUCUGAUUCCGGCUCAUCACGUGGCCUUUCUGAAGCCUCCCCUGCUGAAGGAUCUAUUUAUUGGCUGUCGGGUUGUGGUCAGCAUCAAAGAUGAGCAAGACAAGAUGCAUUUCGAUGCCGCCGUGCUAGUUGAACUUCCAGAUCGCAGGAAUCGUAUGAGGUUUUUGGUGUUUUAUGACUAUGGCCGGGCAACUUAUUUGGCUCUACCAGACCUGCAUCUUGUCUGCAAACAGAUCAAACAUGUUUGGAAGGACAUUGAGGACGAGACAUGCCGGUCGCAGGUGAAGGAAUAUCUCAGUGUCUAUCCCAACCCCAUUGCUGUCGUGCUUCGGAUUGGUCAAGACACAAAGGCGAAACGUAAUGGCAAGUUUGAGUCUUGCUCGGUUCACCAGUUGGAUGGAAGCCUGGUCCAGAUCUGCUAUAAGAGUGACAACCACAAAGAGUGGGUGUAUAAAGGCUCGGACAAGUUGGAGCACAUUGUUAAUAUCAAGAAGCGUCUGGCUCAACAGAAACAGCAAGAGUCCACUGGAAACAACACCUCAGCGUCUUCUGCUUCAUCACAUGUACCCCGACAAUCUGAUAGCACAUCCACCACCACCAUCACAAAACCAUCUCCGAGCCCUCAAAACACCAACACGUCACCUGCGUCUUCUACAGAUGUAACGCGACAAACUGGUGGUACCCCCGUCUCCAAAUCACCAUCUCCGAGCCCUCAGAAUAACACGCCUGCUGUGUCUCCCACACCGGCGACACAACAAACUGAUAACGCAGUCGCUAAAGCACCAUCUCUUAGCCCUCAAAACACAACGGCGGGUGUGUCUUCCUCACAUGUGACACAACAAACUGAUAACGCAGUCGCUAAAGCACCAUCUCUGAGCCCUCAAAACACAACUGCGGGUGUGUCUUCCUCACGUGUGACACAACAAACUGCUACCACGAUCACCAGAGCAUCAUCUAUUAGCCUUGAAAAAGCCAAGUCAGCUGCAUUCCAGCCAAUGGUGGUGCUGGAAAAGCUGGCCAUGCCCUUGUUCAUCCCACCAGCUGCUAUAGAAGCAGUCAGUUACCCGGAGUUGAGAACUGAAAAGCGACCUGCAGAUGAUGAGGUAGAAGAGCAUGUGUCGGAGAAAAACCAGGCGAAGUUCACGAACUUGUUUCAUCGCUGUUGUCCAGCAUGUCUGAAUGGGACGAGACCGAAACAAGUUGACAUGUACCAUGGAGAAAAUCCACUCCAGAUUCCAUUGCUUUUUAACUUUCGGCGAAUGACUGCUCGCCGUCGUCUUGAUGGAAAUGUGUUUUUUCACAUUUUCUAUCGGUCGCCGUGUGGGCGGAGCCUGUGCGACAUGGAGGAAGUGCAAAAUUACUUGUUUGAAACGCGUUGCGACUUUCUCUUCCUGGAAAUGUUCUGUAUGGACCCAUUCGUCCUUGUGAAUCGUGCCCGACCCCCUUCCACAUCAACCAGCCAACCUUACCUGUACCUGCCGGACAUAUCGGUGGGGAGGGAGGUUCUCCCGCUGCCCUGCAUCAAUGAGGUGGACCAAACACCUGCUCCUAGAGUCAAAUACACCAGAGACAGAAUUCUGGCUCCGGGUGUCUCCGUCAACACGAGCUUAGAUUUCAUGACUGGAUGUGACUGUACGGAUGGCUGCCGGGACAGGACAAAGUGUUCAUGUCAUCGGUUGACCAUUGAGGCCACGUCCUUAUGCAGCGACGGUCCUGUAGAUGUUACAGCUGGAUACACGUAUAAGAGAUUGCAAACCUCCUUGCCAACAGGGGUGUAUGAAUGUAACCCUCUCUGCCGCUGCGACCCCAGAAUCUGCAGCAGCAGGCUGGUUCAACACGGCCUGCAGCUGCGGCUGGAGCUCUUCAUGACUCAACACAAAGGAUGGGGCAUCCGCUGCAAAGACGACGUGGCCAAAGGAACCUUCGUAUGCGUUUUUACUGGUAAAAUCGUGACUGAGGAUAAAGUGAAUGAAGAUGACGUGGUGUCUGGUAAUGAGUACCUGGCCAAUCUUGACUUCAUUGAGGGGGUGGAGAAACUGAAGGAGGGUUACGAAAGUGAGGCGUACUGCUCGGACACAGAGACCGAAAGCAGCAAGAAGACCAGAACCAUGAAAACGGGGCCAUUGUGGAAAAAUAUCCUCUUUCAAGCUGACUCUAGCAGUGGGGAAGAUAAAGAUGAACCUAUGGAGCUGGGCAAUGAGCGAGAAAAGAUGGAUGCCUGCGACACGGCUUUUCGUGAGAGAAAGCUAUCGCAUAAACCACAGAAAAAGUCUGAAGGACAAAAAGUCUCAGGCCCAAAACGUUGCUUCGCCAUCAAGUCGUUUGAGAGAAGAGUGAAAGCACUAGAAAAAGCCGAUCCACGGAAUGAGAAAACUAGGAAAGGACAACCUGGCAACAACACCCGCAAACUGUUCGACGGGGAGGAGAUGUGCUACAUCAUCGACGCCAGACAGGAGGGCAACCUCGGGCGAUUCAUCAAUCAUAGCUGCAGUCCCAAUUUGUUUGUCCAGAAUGUUUUUGUGGACACACAUGAUCUCCGGUUCCCCUGGGUUGCGUUCUUUGCCAACAAGCGCAUCAAAGCUGGCACGGAGAUGACGUGGGAUUAUAACUAUGAGGUGGGCAGCGUGGAGGGCAAGGUUCUGCUCUGCUGCUGUGGUUCAUCACGGUGCACAGGACGGCUGCUCUGAUCUUUGAUCUUAACAUCAAACACUACAUGUCUUUUUCAGAUGUUAUUGUUGUCAGACGCCUAAUGUUUGAAAUGGACAUUAGAGGCUAAAAGAGCAUCCCAAUAAUAAGACCCCUUCAAUAUGAAUUAGUUUGUUGUUUUUGUUUGUUUUUAUUAUUCUUAAUGUUGUGUUUAUAUAUCAAGUGUAAAUAAAAUGUUGGAAUAUCAAAAUG